AAACAAACACCAACCAAAAAACCUCAGCGGACGCUUGCCAGUUAAGACAACGUAGGUACACUGUAGAUUUCAUUCUUUACUGUUUCUCAUCUUUCAAUUGUAUCACUCUUUCCAUAUGACCAUCCACUAUACUAUAUAGACACACAUACACAGAGAUGCAUCCCCCAGAGUCAUUCUAGACUGCUGUGGCAACACAAGUCACUGUUGCAAAACCAAUCCUUAACCUCUCAAUCUUUGUCAUAUUCUAGCAUACUCUUAUAAUCCUGUCCAUUUAUUCCUCAUCUUGUCACUUAUAUACUAUACCCCUUUCAAGGGUUUAAAGUUUCACUUAUCCCUUUUAUCUUGGGUUUCUUUAGUUCUUGACUACUUUCCCUUUUUAGAAACUCUGCUAAGAGGGUUUUGUGGUUAGGGGGUUUAGUUGAGAUUUAUGUCUGCAGGGCUUGAGGUGGUUGCAGUUUCAGCUUUCUUUGGUUUCUUGGUUUCAUUUGGUGCUGGUUUUGCUGGUUUGGUGAGCUGCUGUCGUCAUCCUUUCGUCACGGUUUCGAUGCGUUUGAGGCCUAAGAGGACUUGUUCUGGAGUAGAGUGUUUUGGGGGUUUUGUAAUAAUGAAAUAUUUCUAUCUUUUCUUGUUCUUAAGAGGGCCUUUUACUUGAUCCGGUGUUGAAUUUGGGAAGCAGAUAGUGUUAUUUUACAGUUAUAGUUCGUUUUGUUUUGUUUCGAGCAAUUACAUAUUACUGGCAUCUUUUGAGGGGUUUUGGAGUGAGGGUUUUUGGAGUAAGGGAAGAAUGCCUGAGUUUAAUAGAGAAAUGCAACCUUAUCAGGAAAGCUUUGAUAAGAAAUUCAGGAAACAGCCAGAUUCUACCAAGGAAUCAUCAAGAAUUAUGAGAAAAAUACGAAUAAUCUGUAAUGAUCCUGAUAUGACUGACUCAUCGGAUGAUGAGAGGAGCAACAAUGUGAAGAAGAGUGAGCCUUAUGGCCCAAAGCGUAUUGUGAGAGAGAUUAGGCUCCCGAUUGAUGGUUCUGGUAAGCCAUUAAACUCGUCGGCAACAGAAAGUUCUUGUCAAGAUAACAACAGUAAGAAUACCAAGAAGAAAAGGGUGAUGGCAAAAGCUCCUUCUCAACCCCAACGUUCUUACACAACAUACAGAGGGGUUCGACAGCGUAAAUGGGGUAAAUGGGCUGCUGAAAUCCGUGAUCCUUGUCAGAGAAAGAGGAUUUGGUUGGGUACUUAUGAUACUGCAGAAGCAGCUUCCAGGGCUUAUGAGUUAAAAAAGCUGGAGUUUGAAGCGUUGGUUGUACCUCCUUUCUCUGGGAAUAGUUCUAAAAAUUUAACUGCUUUAGACCAGCAUCUAAUUCAGCCUGCUCGUUCUGAAGAAUCUUGGAGUAUAGUUACUCCAACAUCCUCAUCUUCAGUACUCAAAUCUAGGUCAUCAGCUAAAGAAUUUGUUUGUGUCGAUAAGCAUACAGCUGUUGAGGAGGGCGAGACAUUAACACUGGCUGAGAUUGGGAAAAGUCUAGACUUAGGUUUUGAGCUUGGUCCUGAAAUAGGGAAUGGACAGGACGGUGAAAUGAAGCUCAGUUCUGAGACUGGAGAAGAACUGGGCAUGGGAAUGGAGCUCGAUUAUCUCUUCUUGGAUGAUUUUGCCAAACCGCUUGAUGAGUUUGGAAGUCUUGAGGAUCUCCAAAUCUUUGGGCUUGAUAAUACUGAACUCAGUGGUUUGCCUGACUGGGAUUUUAAUGAACUUGACGGUGAAGAACUUACUUGGAAGAAUGAAUCAAGAAUUGAGGAACGCACUCUGAUCGUCUGAUUAUGAAAAACAACCCUCCAACAUAGCAUGCCUAUAAAUUUUGCAGCUAAUAGGAAUGAGUUUUAGUACAAGUAAUUACGCAUCUAUAGUUCUAGCGAGUGUUUAUCAGGAACUUUUAAGAUAAAUGUUCCCGAAGGAAUAGUUUUGUACGUUGAGUGUUUUUUUCUGUCUUAUAUGUUAAAUGCCUGCCCUUAAAUAGUUUGAGGAAAGAUGUCCUUAAGGUUGCCGAUGUAGACCUAUAGCAAGGGUUUAACAGACUUGUAACACAGUGCUCUCUUGCACACCUAUCUUUCUAUUUCCGCUAUGAAAUGAAAUUUUAUAUUGCGAGUAA